CUGUUUUCGUGGGCCUCGCAGAUUUGAAACGCUCGCUGCUCCGUUGGGCCUGAAAAGCGCAAGAUCCAUCUCGACAUUUCCUCCAACUGAUCGACAUCGUCCCCACAUUCAUUCCUCGCACAUUCAUUCCUCCACACUCAUCGUCCCAUCCCAUCCCACCUGCCGACCAUGACCGCCUCCAAUUCGCCGAUCCUCGAUGCCGAGACCGACCCUGCUGGAAUCUCCCCAAGCCACGACGACGAUAUGCCCCUCAAAUAUCCAAGUGCAGAGCAACGCAAGACCAGAGUCAUUCGCAACAAACACACCGGCCGCCCGGUGACAGAGUUUCAGUACAAGGUCUACGACCUCAUUCGCCAGAUUCCUGCCGGAUCCGUUGCGACAUACAGGGAUGUGAGCGCCAAGUUGCAUAGCUCUCCGAGAGCCGUCGGCCAGGCUCUGAAGGUGAACCCAUGGGCACCGUAUAUUCCAUGCCACCGAGUGCUUGCUUCGAAUUAUUAUAUCGGAGGGUUCUUUGGAGACUGGGGCCACGGCGACCACAUCAACCGCAAGCUCAAACUGCUCAGCGACGAGGGCAUCCACAUCGAUGCCGAUGGAUUCGUCGAGGCAGAACAGAGGGCUUCCUGCCGCCACGCAUUCUAGCCUGCUGCGCGCGCAUAUGAAGCGCAGCCGCAUUUUUUCUUUUUGGUUCGCAGCACAAAUACACAGAGCGCCACUGUUCAGUCCACAUCCACACCGGAUUC